UCAGUCAAGCGCCGAACGCCAUCGCGAGAAGUUCGCGCUCUGUGAUCGGCAAAAGAUUUCGAAAGCAUUACGCACAUGCGGGUCACCUAGUCGUGAUUGCUAAUUCGUAUAUUUUGUUAGAUAUGCAGUGGAGGUAUAGUACGAGUGGUGGAAAGGGAUUUAUUUGCCAAACACAGUGUUGUAUCGUAAUUAUGUGAAAAAAAUUUACAACGCAAACAAGUAUCGACUCUAAGGAUUAUAAGUGUACACAAACGUGCCGUUUCUUUCUUUCUUUUUCUGUUCGAUUAGUCUGCUACAUGUGGUGCUAAUUGUAUUUACACCUGGAGAGAUCUGGCCUCAAAACUUCGAUCAUCCCGAUUAUACGACGAUACAAUCAAAUAUUCACACAGCUGCACUUUCUUCGCCGAACAUUGAUUGAAAGCCGGAGAGUGGCUCAACUUGGAUCAUAAUUAUGGAUCGUCGUAUUAUUGUAGACAUAGAGCACUUACUGCAGGCCAGGAGAUAAACGGAAUGGAAAGAAGAAUUGCUCAUCGACUACUUGAGAGUACAUCAAUGCAAAUCUUCGGCCUGAUAACCAGCUCUUUCUAUCAUCGCUGACUAGCACUUUUACAGUGUAGCUGCGCAAAAAACAGGGAUUAGUGAAGCAUAAAUAAAAAAAAAAAAAAAAAAAAAACUUUAACUUGAUCGUGAGAAGAGAAUAAAAUUAGCACCAUGGAAGGAAAAAAUAUUAUACGAAAGGAGUUGGUCAACGUUAAUCUAUUGUCCCUGAAAUGCCUUAUGUUCUGCUUCUUCGGAGGUAUGGGCUGCCUUUUCCCUUUUCUACCGCUGCACAUGCUUGCCACAGGUCUGACCUACGAAGAGGCUAAAAUAGUUUCAAUCGUUUCGCCGAUAGUGGCGAUGAUAGGCCCUUUGGUGGCUGGUCCAUUGGCAGACAAGUGGGCUGGUCGACAGGGUUCCAACAACAGAGCAUCGACAGGAAAAUACCUUCGAGUAAUGAUAGCAGUGACUUGCAUACUCGGUGCUAUAUUUUAUGCUGCACUAAUGGCGAUACCCAGAGUCGAGAGGCUGACAAUACCCCAGGAAAGAAAUCCCCAGGUGAAAUUUUCGUGCAACGAAUCUGGAGCCAUUAUAUUCAAGGACAGGUGUAAGCUCUCAGCGACCUGCUACGAAUGGCCCGAAAUCAAACCCGGACCCAUUCGACUCACCAACUGCGACUACCGGUGCAAACCAAUCGAUUCUAAGCCCCUCGUUCAAGACGACGUCAACUCUCCGAAGCCCCUCAACAUGGAUUACUUCGAUCAAGGCGAGAGCAGUGGUGACCUGUCUGUCAUUCCCAUCGAAGAGAAUGAACAACUCUUUCUGGAUAUUCAGAAUCCCUCGAAAUCUGACUAUGAGAGAAAGCCGCCAAUUGAGCCACCGCAUCUCUGCGUCAAGAAGGAUGGGUUCGACAUUUGCCACGUGUACACAACGUCCUCGGGCAACGUUACCAUAUACGCUACACUUCAGCAGGCGAGAAAUCCCGACGAGACAUCAGAGCGGUGUGCCUAUCCUUUGAGCGAUCAAUUCUCUUGCAGGAUACCUAAGCAACUCAAAGCGGAGAUGUUGGAAUUGAACAAGAGCUGCAGCAUUGACUGUGAUCUUUAUGAGCCGUACAAUAUGUCAGACAGCGUUUUGGCCCAGGCGGAAUGUCAGCAGAUAAUUGGCGACCCGGAUCACACGUUUUGGAGUUAUUUGGUGGUGCGAUCCAUCGCUGACGUGUUUCCAACGACUGCGGUAGCUCUUCUGGACGCAGCUGUGGUCAUUGCGACUCGUGAGACGUCCUGUGGCCGCGGCGACGUCGGCCGACAACUGGCCUUCGGAUCCCUCGGCUUUGCCAUAUUUGGCCCAUUGACGGGCUAUUUGACGACUCUGGUCGAAGGAGCUAAGCCAUCCUUUUCAAUACCCAUUGAAAUAUUUGUGGCACUCAUGGUAAUAUCAGCUCUGAUUGCUGUUUUUGCUAAUGGCAUGCCUCUCAGCCCUCCGGAAUGGUGGUGGCACACCAGGAGCGGAAUGCUUGCCCUGCCGAUGAGCGCCAUCAAGAGAUAUGGCGGCGAAACUGCAGCCUUGCUGUUUGUUCUGGUGAUAAUGGGGAUAUUCUGGAGCGCCAUGGAUACCUAUCUACCUUGGCAUCUCGAACAGCUGAAUGCCGACGUAGUGUUGAUUGGCAUCUGCCUGACCAUCGGUGCUUUGCCAGCUGUGAUUUUCCUCUGGAAAUCUGAACACCUCGUCGAUUACUGUGGACACAGCAAUCUGCUAAUUACAGCGUUUACUAUUUACAUCGUCAGAUUUACCGGCUUGAGUCGAGUGUCUGGAGAUCCAUGGUGGUCCCUUGCCUCUGAGGUGUUGGAGCUGUUCACACUUGGAAUCAUGUGGGUGACAGCGAUUCUUUAUCUCAGACACUUGGUUCCACGUCAUCUGACCGUUACCGCUCAAGCUUUGCCUGUGAUUGCCCAUUUUUGCAUAGGUCGAUGCAUCGGGGCAGUUAUAAGCGCGUACGUCGACGUGGGGGAGAGAAACGUUGACUCACUUCGAUUCGUCUACAAGUGUAUGGCAGUUGCGGCAGCGAUAAUUGCGUUGAAAUACUUCAUCUGGUAUCACGCAUUGAUAAGGCCUAAAUGCCACGCGCAAAGCACUCAGGGACCUCGUCAGCCACCAACUAUAAUGGAAGCGAUGAAUGGUAACGGCAAUUACACACCCUUGAGAGUAUAUCACAACGGCAGAGGCAGGAAAGGACAGUUUCGGUACUAGGAAAAGGAUUGUUACUUUAUCUUUAUUUUUUUUUACUUGUCAACCACGGUGCUUAAUUAUAAUGUGGCUUUUACACAUAUCCACAACUACAUAUCAAUUGUUUCUAUGUUACGCAUCCAUUUUUUUAAAACAGCUACGUGUAACGGCUGGUAAAGGGAUAUUUCAUAUGCACGUAUAGUAUUCAGUAUUAUACGAAUAUGAUGAUUUGAGAGUCCUAGAGGAGUAAUUUGAUUCACUUUAAUCGAAAAAACAACUUCUCCUUGCAAAGCAUUUGUUUCAAAUUAUAGUAGGUAUGCUCUCUCUGUGACUGCAUCAGCUUUAUUGUGCAAUUUAUACGUACGAACGAAUAACCAAUUAUACGCAACUUCAUUGAUUAGAUAAUGAUUGAAUAUUCUUUUUUUUUACUGUGAAAAAUGUUCCAAGUUUAAAAGUUCUUCGCUCCCAACAAGAAUGGAGAAGUUUC